CGACUUACAUUGCUACCCUCGUCCGUACAACUGUCAUGUCUUAACAGCUUGGCUCCAUUAGCUCUUCUCAUUGGACUGGUGGUGCUACUGUCUAUCACUUCCGUCGGAUUUUGGUCUCACCCCAGCGCACCAUAAACCGACCAAAUUGACUAGCCGCGCCCAUCACCUUCCUGUUUCCGUCUUGGCACUUGUCAAUCUUCACAUCUCAUCCUUGUCCACAGCUGUAGCUGUGGGUUGCACCGCGGAGAACACCUUGAAGGUGUGCCACGGCCUGUAUCGCGGGGAUAAAAUAGCCCCGGCACGAUGCAAUUUACGGAAGGUGGUCGUUGAUCGCUGAUCGUCGCUGAUACCAAAUGCACCUACGCGGUCUAGUUGGCCACGAGCUUCACUAAUGCGACCCUCGGUAUCUCUGGGGGCCACCCCAAGAAACCCCAGGAUUCGACUGUGUGAGACCAUCUCGCGCGAUACCCUGCCUGUUGCGGAAGAUCUUUAUAUAUGAUGCUCAAUCCCCCCUUCACGAGACUGGAGCUUCCCCACUGCUUGCUGCAUUCAAUAAAGUGAAUGUAUUGAGCGACAUCACGCCCUCAACUGAAGCUAUCAGUGAAGCACCAUGGGUCUUCUCUCCUUCCGCAAGGGCCAAGGCCCGGUCGUUGAGAACCCAACCACCGACGCCGAUGCCAUCUCGUCCGGUGUCGAUAAAGGCGUCACAGCCGAACCGAAACACUAUGUGCCACCGGAUGAGAUCCGAAAGGAGCUCUCGGCCUUUGAGAAAGAGCAUAUGUGGGAUCCUAAUAUGCCCCAGGAGAACCUCAAUGCUGUCAAGAAGGCCCUCCAGGCCGACGACGUGAACGCGGAAAUGGCCUUGGAAAAUGCCCUCAUUGAAGAGGACUCUCCAUAUGCUGAAGUCCGUGCUGCCGUCCGAAACUACGAUGAAGAAGUGCCGGCAAACACGAUCCGCGCGUGGGUCAUUGGGAUGUUGUGGACGACGAUUGGAAGUGCCAUCAAUAUGCUCUUCUCUCUCCGCAAUCCUUCCAUCUACUUGACCCCGGUUGUGACGCUGCUUCUCUCGUACCCCACCGGUGUUGCCUGGGCGGCCGUGAUGCCAACCCGCAAAUUCAAGACGUUCGGGAUCACCUGGAGCUUGAACCCUGGCCCAUUCAACAUGAAGGAGCACGCUGUUAUUGUUAUCAUGGCCAAUGCUUCGUUUGGAGGUUCAACUGCAUAUUCGACCGACGUCCUCCUCGCUCAAGAGGUCUACUACAAACAGAAGUUUGGAUGGGGCUACCAACUCCUCCUUACAAUAACCUGCCAGAUGCUUGGAUUGGGUCUUGCGGGUGUUACGCGCACCUGGCUCGUUGAACCAGCUGCCAUGAUCUGGCCCUCGAAUCUCGUCACCACUACGCUUUUCGAGACCAUUCACACCAAAACUGCUCCUGACGCCGUUAAGACUAGCGGAUGGACCAUGGGACGCUACAAGUGGUUCCUAAUUGUCAUGGGUGCCAUCUUCGUUUGGGAAUGGUUCCCACUAUGGAUCGCUCCGUUCCUCGCAACAUUCACCUUCGUUUGUUGGGCAGCUCCUAACAAUGUCGUCGUCAACCAACUCUUUGGCGGACAGACUGGCCUAAGUUUGAUCCCAAUCACAUUUGACUGGUCUACCCUUACCGCUUUCAUCUACAGUCCCCUGGUUUACCCUUUCCACGCCAUUGCCAACACCAUGCUGGGCAUGGUGGUUUUUGUCAUUAUCACGUCUAUCGGGAUCCACUACACCGGUGCUCUCUACUCAGAGUAUCUUCCGAUGUCAACAAGUGGCAGCUUCGACAAUACGGGCAAAGCAUAUAAAGUUGCAAAUAUAUUGAAUGCAGACUACACCCUAAACGAGGAAAAAUACAAGGCGUACUCGCCCCUAUUCCUCUCGACCACCUUUGGUCUUACUUAUGGCCUAUCAUUCGCUACCAUUGCCGCUCUGGUUGUACACACAGGGCUUUUCAACGGCAAGCAGAUCUGGCGGCAAUUCCGUGCAAGUCGCGAAGAUGGUGCCGACGUGCAUAUGCGCAUGAUGCUAAAAUACAAAGAAGCACCAGUAUGGUGGUACGGCGCAUCGUUCGUCGUCAUGUUUGCCCUCGGUUUGGUGACCUGCCUCGCUUGGGACACGCAUCUGACGUGGUGGGGAUUUAUCAUUGCACUUCUCAUUUCCCUCUUCUUCUACCUACCAAUUGGAAUUGUACAGGCUACGACGAACGUCCAGUUGGGACUGAACGUUAUCACAGAGUUCAUCGUCGGAUACAUGCUUCCCGGUCGUCCUCUUGCCAUGAUGAUGUUCAAGAUGUACGGCUACAUCACUGUGUACCAAGGACUCUAUUUCACACAGGAUCUUAAGCUGGCCCAUUACAUGAAGGUUCCACAGCGAACUAUCUUCUGGGCCAUGUUUGUCGCGACGCUCUGGUCCUGCUUCGUCCAAAUCGCCGUUUACAACUGGGCGCUUGGAAACUUCGACGGGGUCUGCACAGAUAGUCAACCCGACCGCUAUACUUGCCCAGGGGCGAAAGUGUUUUUCACCGCCUCGAUAAUAUGGGGAGUCAUCGGCCCAAACCGUGUUUUUGGCAGCAACGGAAUCUACCACUGCAUGGAGUACUUUUUCAUUCUCGGUGCUGGUCUCCCAGUCCUCGUCUAUUUCCUCGCGCGCAGGUACCCACGCAGCAUCAUCCGCUUCAUCAACACGCCUGUCCUCUUCGGCGGAACAGGAAACAUCCCCCCCGCAACUGUAAUGAUUUACGCCUCGUGGGGUUUUGUCGGCACGAUGUUCAACAAGGUUAUCAAGAAGCGUCACCCAGGUUGGUGGACGGAGUACAACUACAUCACCUCCGCAGCCCUCGACUCCGGCACGAUCAUUUGCGUGCUGCUCAUCUUCUUCGCGCUGCAGCUGCCAAAGAUCAACUCGCCACAGUGGUGGGGUGGAGCUAAUGGCGGCUACACCAACAAUGGAGAUUGGAAUGCUGCGACCCAGAAGCAGGUUGCUGAUGGAGAGAUUUUCGGUCCUGCUCGGGGGACGUGGUAGAGUAGUGUGUAGAGGAUGUGGGGACAGCGGGGAUGGACUGUUGUAGCCUGUGACGGAUGGGAUGAUGAGAUGCUCUCAGAUGAAUGUUUCUUGCUGUGAUAGUUACGUGACAGAAGCAAUGAAUAACAUAUUUCAAG